GAACUGUUUAAGCCAACCGGUAACAGAAUUUUCCCCGGUGAUGUUAGGAUCACUAAUACAGAUUCGAGCCAUCCUUGAUUCUUUUUUAAUCGAUAAAAAGAUUGUAUAUCACAGGAUCUUCGGUUGCCAGUUUCAGAACUUAUUUGUGAGAAAGAAAAUGCCCGGAAAAGCCUAAAAAAUAUGGGAAGCAUGAAAGGACCAAUGUUCGAGAAUCUUGCCAUUCAAAAAGGGUCCUGGAUUCUAGUUACCGGAGUCAACGGCUAUAUUGCGUCUCAUAUCGCCAAUCAGCUACUAUUGCAAUUUCGAAUUGGUACCCGUUGAAGAUGCGGUUUGCUCAGGUGCCUUCAACAAUGUUAUUCAAGGUGUCUCGGGUGUAGUUCACGUUGCAACUAUUUUCGGUGGCGGGCAAGACAUUAUUGAAAGAGUGAUCGGUAUGAAUUGGAAUCCCCUAAACACCGCAUCCCAGGAGCCGGCAGUCAAACGACUUGUAUACACUUCCUCCUCUGAGGCCGCUGUUUUCUCGUCUUCCCUUGAGCGUGAUGAAAAGCAGCCUGCGCGAAUAAUCCCAAAACUUGGAAUGAGAUUGCGAUCGAGAGGAUUCAAGGCAGAACAUCUUCUGUCACACCAAAGGAAGGAUUCGAUGUCUAUGCUGCGAGCAAGACGUUGGGGGAGCAGGCGAUCUGGGACUGGGUGAAGAAUUCCCAGCCGCGGUUUAAGGUCAACACAGUUCUACCGUCGGUCUGCUUCGGGGCUCGAUUGAACCGGAGAAGCAAGGGCAUGCGUCUUCGUCUGGUUGGCCAACGGCAAUCUUUCGAAAUGAGUUUCACAGCAUCUGGCCUGUCCUGAAGCAUAUCAUACCCACAGGUGCCUACUUUGCCAACGUAGAGGAUGUUGCCCUACUUCAUGUGGCAGGCCUCGUCAGUACCGAGGUUGAGGGCGAGCGACUGUUUACAUUUGGAAGGCCUUUUACUUGGAAAGAGAUCACGCAAAUAUUACAGGCGAGCUUUCCCUGUCGCAAUUUCUCGGACGAGCCAAUGAAGCACAAGAUGAUAG